AUGCAGGCUGAGAAACCGGCUGAAAAGCCAAAGAAACCCAAAGGGCGAAAGAAAGAUUGGGUGAUGGAAGCCGGAGCAGGUGCGCCGCCACCUGAGAAACCAUCACCACCCAGCUCUCCUGAGUUGGUCGCAGGUUGGUACCCUACACAUCCUGACAUGACUGGUCGUCUUUCCUACUCUCCAGACUCUGACGAACUUGAACUUGCUCGUGCCGUUGCAGAAGCCCAGGUGGAGAACAUGCAGAAAACUGCUCGGAAGAAGGCAACACUUGCUGCUGCCGCUGCUGAAAAUCGUUUGUUUGAUUGCACUCAGGAGAAGUUUCUGAAUGAAAUGGAUGUGGCUGCCUUGGCUGAUGCCACAGCAGGAUCUAAGGCGAAGACUCCCCAAGCAGCUGCUGCUUCUUGGAAUACCCCACCGACCAACACAUCGGUGCCUAUUAUUCCUCGGGCCCCUGCUCCUCGACAGUUUGCUCCUGUAUUCCACCAAUCACCUGCUCAUUGGCGUACACCAGCCAAGAACGAUGAUUCUGCUUUCACCAUGCAGUCGACUACCUGGCCGACUGUGACUGGCCAAGAAGAAGAAUCUGUUGCUGGUCGCAAUGGACGUCACAGUGCUCCACCCAUGUUGCCAAGCCCCACCAAAUGGUCACCUGAAACACAGGCUGCUCCUGCAAAGAAGAAGGCCGCUUCUGUCAAGCCAAAGGGAAAGCCCAAGGCCAAGAAAAUAUCUGCCGGUGGUGGUGAUAGUCACUUUACUGAUGGAGAGGUAUCCACCUUCUUUGACAUCCUCGACACAGCAUUUAGCUCCAGAGCUAACAAACAUCGCUUCCAGCUGAUUGUAAACAUCUCCCAUUUCACACACAGUGCUGUCAUGCAUGGAACCAGGAGCGUUCACAACAGCCGCCACCAUGGAUCCAUCAGCAGAGAACACAAAGACGUUCGUGAUGUAGUGAUCAUGAGUCCAACCAUUGUAAUACAUGGACUGCUCAUCCAAAUCUUCAUGUUUCUGGAAGGUAAGCUUCAAACCAUCCAUAACAAAUCCAACAUCACCAAGCUGGUCGUGUCGCAACUGUACAAUCUUGCAGAAAAGCUGAGCUUGUGUGGCAGAGGGCCAUUCAACGCGAGCAAGUGGGUGCUUCCCAAGAACUCUGAGCAUGCCCCGUCUACCAAAACGGAGCCAGACGUUAGCAUGAUUGGAAGUAAAGCCAAACCAUCCUUGAAGAAUGAAUUCACCUCCUCUGAAGCGAUACCAGGUCAGCACAAGCCCAACGCAAGUUUCAGCAUCAAUAAUGCGAGAUCGCCCAUGGGUGUACUUGCUCAACUGUUUGAACCUUGUGCCAUCUUGUUUUCCUGUCCAAGGGGUAUGACUGUUAAACCAAGGAGCGAACAGCUCAACAAGUUUCCGAAAGGAUGGAUGGUCAAAACCGGUUGUUGUGAUGAGAGCUUGGUUGUUGCCAGAGGCGUAUAG